CGUGCAUUGGGGGGGCGGGGGGUGGGUGCAGUCACACCACAAUCAACUCAACUAGAAAACGGAGAUCCCCACGCACACACACAGCAGCAGCUAGCAGGUAGGCAGGCAGACAGAGAGACAGACAGACAGACAGACAGUGUCCGCGCCGUCCGCCCCCUACUAGUUAGGGCCACUGUGCAAGUUUACUGUUUGUUGAUUGAGACGCACACAUAGCAUAGCAAGCACAGCGACGGUAGGUGUUCAAACGCAACACGCGAGCAUCAUCACUGCUCGACUCGACGGACAGACAGACAGACGGACGAACAAGCCAGGAAUGAAGGAACGACGAGUAGGAGGCCAGAGCACCCAACCCAUUAUCCAUCGCCCACACACUCAUCACCACACAUACAGGUGGGUCCGGCCCCACACACAUUGAGCAAAAACGCCACGCCCAUCCCCUGACCUCCUGCCGGCGUGUCUGUCUGUCUGUCUGUCUGUCUGUCCGCCCCCGUAGCACCCACUAGCACCAGCACCGACGAGCAAAGGCAACAACUUGGACACAGGAGAGGACAUGGUGGCGCGGUGUGUUGUGCUGUGUGUCAGGCAAUGAGAGGCGUCGAGUGAGACGUGUGCUUGAGGUUUGCCAUCCCUAUCAGCUCGCGGCUGACACACAGAGACACACAGCCACACGCAGGGAUGGCGCGUGGGGCGUGGCGUGCCUUGUUGUUGGCUGGCUGGCUGCUUACUUACCGUGAUGGCUCCGCUUCGACGGCCUUGUCCAAGAACUUUGCUACGGCCUUGAGCCGCUCAUCUGCCGUCUUGAUCUUGGCACGAUCCCUGCAACGCACGACACACCACAGACAGAGGAGGUUUGCAAUGUGUCAAUGCAUUGAGACCGUCAGACAGCAGGCAGGCAGGCAGGCAGUGUGUGUGAGCGGCCCGUACAUUUCGUUGCCAUUAGGGCCGUCGACGAGCAUGGUCUCAGAAAUGGACCACUCGCUCGCCGCCGUGACGGCAGCCAGGAACUCCUCGUAGUCUGAUGAAUGAAUGACAGACAAAACACCGCCCCAGCCACCCAUACAGACAGAAGUAGGAGACACAGGGGCUGUUUGGCCUGGCCGGCUGACCGACCGAUGGUUCCGUUUCCGUCGAUGUCGGCCAUUUUGACGAUCUCCUCGACGGCCGCCCCGUCGUAGUUGUCACCCAACACACCCUUCAGGUUCUCAACGCUUAUCACACUGUCCACACACACACACACAGAGAGAGAGAGAGAGACAGAGAUAUAUAAAAGACGCGGGUGUUGGUCUCGUGUCUGCACGCACGCACGUACGUCCCUACCCGCUGUUGUCGAUGUCGAAUCGCUCGAACGCUCGGCGGAUGAGGUCCUCGUGCAGACGGAUGCGGGUCGACAACAUGGCCGCCAGGAAAUCUACACGCAGACACAGACAAAGACGCAAAUAUGGGGGAGGGGGGUGAUGGGAUUGUGGUCAGUGCGGAUUGCGGACUGGCCCACCUGUGUAGUAGACUUGUUCGUCCUUGUUGUGGUCCAACACGCUGAAGAUCUUCUCAAUCUGACGAACAAUCGCACAGACCAGCACAGACAUGCAGGCGGACACGGUUCUGACAAUGGCCCACCAACCUCGCGUCAUGCCGUGCCUGUCGCCCUGGCUACCCACCUCGUCGUUGGAUAUCUCCAUGUGGUCCUGCAUGACGGCCGUGAGCUCCUCCAGCCGAAUGGUGCCCUCGCGGCUCUUGUCAAUCGCCUUGAACAACUCACGCAUCCCUGCACGACAUAACGACAUCACACACAGCAAACAAACAACCAAGCACCACUCCUUGUCUCCUUCCUAUGCAUGGUGUUGCGCUUGCUGUGUGUGGCGUGGCGUGCCUUGCCUUCGAUCUCCUCUGAUGUGAGGGAGUAGGCCAUCAUGGUCAGUGCCGCCCGCUUCAGGUGACUGGACUGCGCGUACGACUUGAGGCUGACCAGACACACACACACACACAUACACACACACACAGGUGUCGAAGACUCCCCGCCUCUCACAUUGCCUACAUACCCUUCGAGAGCAUCGUGCUCGAUCUUGACUUCAGGCGCCUUGACGCGCUCCGUGAUCCACACGUGGUCCAGGGCCUCCUUGGCGGUCAUCCGCUUGCUGAACGAGGCACAAACAGACACACAGACAGACAUACAGGCGUGCAGACAAGGGCCUCCUAUGCUGUUGUGGGUGGCUUCGUUUACUUGGGGUCGACUUCGAGCAGUCUUCUGACGAAGUCUUUGGCGUUUCUGGACACCUUUGGCCACCGUGGCCCCGUCAGGCUGUACUUGCCCGCUGCGAUCUUGUCCAAGAUCUCAUUCUCACUACCUGUGGACACACAUGCAGCACGAGAGAGAGAGAUGCCAUUCACUCGGUGUGUAAACGGUCCCCUCCCUCCCUCCCUCCCUCACCGUAGAAUGGUGGGUAGCCGACAAGGAGCAUGUAAACUGAGAAACGGAGGACGCAGACAGACAGACAGACAGACAGACAGACAAGGCAGGCAAACACAGAAAGCAUGCCAUCCCAUUAUGGCAGCGUGGCAUUGUCUGUCUGUCGGCCGUGGGUGGCCGCAGCUAGCUCACCGAUGACGCCCAGCGACCACAUGUCACAAGCAUUCGUGUAGGAGCCCGACAGCGUAUCUGAUUCGAUUCAUCCACGCCCAGCCCACAUACACCACGUAGGAACGGAUUGACGGAUGGGUUGACGUGACGGCCAGACACUCAGUCGCUGCCUGGCUGACCGACCAGGGCUGACGUAGGCGAGUGAUCCGCAGGUGGCGUGCAUCUUUCUGUUGUGUCGCGGGUUCCAUAUCUUGCUGAAGCCGAAGUCAAUCAGCUUCAGGUAGGCGUCGUCCGCCUCGCUCUCGUACAGCCAAUUCUCCAACUUCAAAUCCCUGCAAUCCAAUCAACCCGCACUCGGCAAAUGCCAUGAUGGCUGGCGUGGGUAGGUGCGGUGUGGCCGUCGGUCGGCCUAUUUGCCUGUGGACGAUGGAGUGGCUGUGGAGGUAGUAGAUGGCGUCCAGCAUCUGUUUGGUGACUUCGGCUGCGUCUUGCUCCUUGUACAUUUGCUUCUCGCAGAGCCUGUGGUAGAGCUCCUUGCCCGAGCAGUACUCCAUCACCAUGAACACGUGCUGCUCGUCCUCGUAGAUCUCGAUCAACCUGACAGACAGACAGAUUGACACACACAACACACAACACACGACACCAGCCAGCCCGUCUGCCUGUCUGUCCACUGUGCCUGCCUGCCUGCCUGCCUGUCUGACUGCCUACCUGGCAAUGUUUGGGUGGUCGAGCUGCAAAUAAAUCUCUGCCUCGUUGCGAAGAAGCUCUAUCUGCACACACACACACACACGCAGGCAGACAAGUAUGGACACCGAGGCAUCAGACAGACAAACAACAAGGCACGCUUACCCGUUCCCGCUUGGCACCCUUCUUGUUGAAAGGCCUGGACACAACACAUCCAUCCAUCCAUCCAUCCAGUUAGUUCUUCUUGACGCCUCCAGGCUUGCUUGACGGCGUAUUGUCUGCCGGUGAGUUUGUUUUUGGCGAGCUUGACGGGCCCCGAGAAGCCCGUACCCAGCACCUUCUGCUCGAAGUCAUAGUCCUCGCGAAUGUCCUUACGGCGAAUGCGGCUCGCCUUCUGCAGCACAGCACAGCACAGCACAGCACACACGCAUGAACGAUGGUUAGAUAGAUAGGUAGAUCAGUCAGUCAGUCAGUCGGACAAGCAAGACAGUCACGGCACAAUCACAACAGGCAAGGCAACGCGGUGAACAAGUGAGUGAAGUGAAAGGGAAUCAAAUCAAUGAGUGGGCUCCCAUCCGCUUAUCUGUCUGCUUGUUGGUUGCGUGUGACUGACUGACUGACUGUCUGACUGUCUGUGUGUCUGUUUGACUGUCUGACCUGUAGUGUGGGUUCUCUCUUGAUGAGUCCGGACAGCCUCAUGUCCUCCUGCGGUGUUUUGCGCAACUUGUUCUGUGGCGUCUUGUUCUUGGCUGGCUGGCCCUGGGAGUCCUUGCCCGCAGUGCACCGGUUGCCCAUGUCAGCCUCAACUGCACGCCCACACAAAGGCGCCCAUCAACCACUCGCAAUGCCGCUCACACCACGCCCACGACGUGUCUUUCUGC